AUUAUGCAAGCGGACGUCUUACUAAUCUCAUGUACCGCAAACGAAUCCAUAGGUUGCUCGAUAAAUGGCCCGGUAAGGAGCGCUUCGGUCUCUACAGGUUUAUGCCUUUGUUUUUCGUGCUGGGCGCCGCGUUGGAGUUUUCCAUGAUCAACUGGCAUGUGGGAGAGACUAAUUUUUAUCGUACUUUCAAGCGGAGCCGAGCGAGAGAGAUCGUCGACAAGGAACUGCUGGGGCGUUGAGAGAUGCCGGCGGGCGUUUCCUGGGGCGCGUAUCUCCGCUUGGUAGCGGCGUCCCUCGUUAGCAUGUUUGCGGGAGCGCAACUUGUGCACGCCUAUUACAAACCUCUGACGGACCUCGAUCGCUAUGUGGAAGAAGAAAGAGCUCGGCGUAACGCGAGCGAAUCGCAAAACAAGGACGUUUAGAGCGCCUAGUGUUGUUUAAUAGACGAUUUUUUAUUAG